AUGACCAUCACUCGCUCGCAGACGGGGAGAUCCCCCAAGAAAGUUGACCGUCCCGGUUACGUCGAGACGCCUGGUGGCCGUCGAGUCACCCGCAGCAGCGCUGCGCCGUCCGAGGAACCAUCCGAUUCAGCGACCGAGUCCAGGGGCCGCACAAGAUCGACUACUCGACGACGUUCUACCCGCGUGAAAAGCGAAGACCUCUCCGAGGACGAAGACAACACUAAAUCGAGCAAUGGACGCGCCAAUGGGCACUCCAAUGGGCACUCCAAUGGGUACUCUAAUGGGCACUCCAAUGGGCACUCCAAGGUCCAGAAGGAACGCAUCGUUGAUGGCUGGGUGGAAGGCAAGGACCCCAAGGUCGACUACAGCGGACAUUACGAAUUCGGUGGUUCCCCUGGUGUCCUCUCGAUGAUGAUCGGAUUCCCGCUCCUGAUGUAUUACAUGUGGAUUGGUGCGACUUACUACGAUGGCAAGUUUCCUCGUCCCUCAGAGGGCCAGAACAUGUCGGAAUUUUUCGCACACCUCGGACAUCUGGUGUACGAAGGCGCAUUCCCGUCCCUCAAGGCGUGGACUAUUUACUGGGUCUUCUUCAUCUUCGAAGGUGCUUGCUAUCUGCUUAUUCCUGGAAUUACUGUCAUGGGCCGUCCUCUGCCUCACCUUGGAGGCAAGCAGCUUCCGUACUACUGCUCCGCACUUUGGUCGUUCUGGACUACGAUUGCGAUCGCCUGUACGCUCCACUUCACCGGACUUUUCAAGUUGUACACUAUUAUCGAUGAGUUUGGUCCUCUGAUGAGCGUGGCUAUCCUGUCUGGAUUCAUCGUCGCCUUUAUCGCCUACUUUUCGGCGUUGGCUCGUGGAGCGGAGCAUCGCAUGACUGGUUAUCCUAUCUAUGACUUUUUCAUGGGAGCAGAGCUCAACCCUCGGAUGUUCGGUAUUUUGGAUUUCAAGAUGUUCUUCGAAGUUCGCUUGCCUUGGUACAUCCUUCUACUUGUCACCAUGGGCACUGCCGCGAGACAGUACGAAGUCUAUGGAUAUGUGUCUGGAGAAGUUGGAUUUUUGUUGAUGGCACAUUUUCUCUAUGCCAACGCCUGCUCCAAGGGCGAAGAAUGCAUUGUGUCCACAUGGGAUAUGUACUAUGAAAAAUGGGGCUUCAUGCUGAUCUUCUGGAACUUGGCUGGUGUCCCCUUGAGUUACUGCCACUGCACGAUCUACCUUGCCAACCACGACCCCGCCACCUACCACUGGAACCGCUAUUUCCUGGCCUUCCUCUAUGUGGCUUAUCUGUUCGUUUACUGGGUCUGGGAUACCACGAACAGCCAGAAGAACCGAUACCGCCAGCAGGAGCGCGGCACCACUGUGUUCCGCAAGGCCUUCCCUCAACUCCCUUGGCAAACCAUCAAAGACCCCAAGACUAUCACUGCCGCGGACGGCUCCAAGAUCUUGGUUGACGGCUGGUACGGCAUGGCUCGCAAGAUCCACUACACAUGCGACCUCUACUUUGCCCUUAACUGGGGCAUUAUCACCGGUUUCAACAGCCCAUUCCCUUGGUUCUACCCCGUCUUCUUUGCGUGCAUGAUCUCGCAUCGUGCUCUUCGGGACAUCCAACGCUGCCGCAACAAGUACGGCGAGGCUUGGACCGAGUAUGAGAAACGGGUUCCAUACCUCUUCAUUCCUGUACGAAUAUAUGUUUUCCACCCCACCAUCCCAGGGUAUCCCAAUGCACGUUUCCCCGGUGUCGCCGUGUUCAGUGAAAUUUACCAGGUAACCGGCCCCGUCGCCCGCUUCGCCCGCCAAAUCGCUGGACAAGGAUACAUCGUCGUUGCACCAUCGAGCUACCACGAGUUCACGGGACCCGAGGCACUCAGCUACAACGCCGAGGACACAGAAAAGGGAAAUGAGUGGAAGAUUUCAAAAAAAAUCUCCGCCUACGACGAAGACGCAACCCUAUCUGUCUCGUAUCUGCUUAGUCUCCCAACAUGCACAGGCCGGAUCGGGGCCACGGGGAUGUGUCUGGGUGGACAUCUCGCGUACCGCUGUGCGCUGGACAGCAGAGUCCAAGCAGCCGUGUGCUAUUUCGCGACGGAUAUCCACAGCCAUACGCUGGGGAAGGGCAAGAACGAUGAUUCGUUGAAGAGGGCGGGGGAUAUUAAGGGAGAGCUUGUCAUGAUAUUUGGCAAAAACGACACGCAUGUUCCUCCAGCAGGACGGGACUUGAUCCGUUCUACGCUCCAUGAGAAGGGCGUCUUGUUUAGUUUCUACGAGGUUGCCUGGGCUCAGCAUGCGUUUAUCCGCGACGAGCUUAGCAAAGGGCGUUACGACCCCGCUAUUAGCAAGGUGUGUUUUGAGAUGCUUCUAGAGGUAUUUGGACGGACUCUUAAGAUUGAUCUGGGCGAGCAUGAUGGGAAGGAAGUGAAGGUUGAGGAUGUCUGUUAG